AUGUCUCGGUAUCGAGCCUACGACAAGGAUGAUGAUGACGUCCCUGUCAUCAAUGGCACGGGCGUCCACGGCGCGUACGGGGAAGAGCAGAACUCGAUCGAUGCUGACUUCUCCGCCUUUGACCCGCACAGUGGCGUCAAGCGAGGCCUGAAGACGCGGCAUCUCAGCAUGAUGGCCCUGGCAGGCAUCAUCGGGCCCGGCCUGCUCAUCGGCGCGGGAGGUGCUCUCUCCAACGGUGGCCCGGCAGCUUUACUCAUUGGGUUUGGCGUCAUCGGAAUCAUUGCCUUCAGCAUUAUGCAGAGUCUCGGCGAGCUCACCACCUUGUACCCCACCGGAGGUGCAUUCACAGGACUGGCAGAUCGUUUCGUUGAUAAGGGCUUCGGGGUUGCCCUGGGAUGGAACUAUUUCAUCAUCUGGAUGUGUGUCUUGGCCAAUGAGUACAAUGUGCUCUCCAGUAUCUUUGUUUUUUGGAGUGAUAAAGUCCCUUUGUGGGGAUACUUCCUGAUAUUCUGGACCGUCUUCCUCGGGUUUCAACUGCUAGGAAUCGAGGCUUUUGGAGAGGCCGAGUUCUGGUUGGCUUUGCUGAAGCUUAUCGGCCUGGUUGCUUACUUUCUUUUUUCCAUCAUUUAUGCUGCUGGAGGAAUCCAUGGGCAAGAUGCCCUCGGUUUCCGGUACUGGCGUGACCCUGGCGCGUUCACGGAUGGGUUUCGUGGCGUCGCCAAAGUAUUCGUCUUCUGCUCAACCUUUUACGCCGGGGUCGAAUCCGUCGCAGUCGCCGCCACCGAGACCAAGAAUCCGCGCGUCGCCGUGCCACUUGCCAUUCGUCAGGUCUUCUGGCGCAUCAUCCUCAUCUACAUGGGCUCUGCCUUCUUCUUCGGUCUCACAUGCCCCGCCAACGCCGACGAGCUUGUCAAUGGAGGAUCUCGGGCAGUCAAGAGCCCCAUGACGGUUGCCAUUCAGAACGCCGGAUGGGAGGGCGGUGUGCACCUUAUCAACGCCUUUAUCGCCGUGACAUGCUUGUCAGCCGUCAACUCGUCCAUAUUCAUUGGCUCGCGUACUCUCUUGUACAUGGGACAAGACGGAAAGGCACCGAAGAUCCUGGGGAAAACUGAUAGCCGUGGCGUCCCCAUCCCGGCCAUCGUCUUUACCAACCUCUGCGGCGCCCUGUCCAUGAUGAACAUCAGUACGGGCGCCAGCAAGGCCUACUCCUACAUUGUCAACCUUAGCGGCGUCUCGACUUUCCUCGUCUGGGGGUCUAUUUCGUUCAUCCACAUCCGGUUUCGACAGGCAUGGAAAGCCCAGGGUCACGCCGAAAGCUCUCUUCCAUUCAAAUCUCUGUGGUAUCCUUGGAACGCCUACUUUGGUCUGGCAGCCAACGUAUUCUUAGCCAUCGUGCAGGGCUGGACGACCCUAGCACCUUUCGAUGCCGGGUCUUUCGUCGACGCCUACAUCUUGCUGCCCCUGUUCCCGAUGAUCUGGUUCGGGUACAAAUUCUGGUUCAAGACUCAUUUUUGGCGAGUGAGUGAGAUCGAUCUGCUCUCCGGUCGGCGUAGGGAUCUCGACGAGUCCCGGGAGAUUGAGACCGGCGAGCAUAAUCUAGAUAAGCUCCCGUGGUGGAGAAGGCUUCUGAAAAGCUUCUGA